GGAUUUUGCUCUCUCUGUUCUUCAAGUGGGAUGAGUAAAGACAGUAGAUCUAAUCGCCUACUUUCCUCAGCAAAUGACUAUCCUUAUGAUCUUCGUCAGUAGACCUUUCUCUCUCUGCAAAUGGGUAUUUACGUUUGCUCUGAAAACCUUGUCUAUUGUGAUUAACACUUGGGUGGAGUUGAUUGUAUCCUCUAUCACUUUCCAUCUGAAUAUGUUCCACAAGGCUAUGAUAUGGAUGAUUGCUCUUAUUUCUCUUCCUAUGCAAGUUUUGACUGCCUUGCAGAGGGAACGCCUGCUGCAAGAGCAUUUGCAUGAGAUGCGGAUUGAGUUGGAGAGUCUUGUGUGGGAUAGGAAGGUAUUGCAAGACCAACUCCAUACAGCAAUUAAAGAAUGUAGAAUUUUGGAAGCAAUGCUGGCAGAAGUUGAAGAGGAAAAUGACACUGUUAUUUCCAGAAUUGACUUGCUAGAGCGUGAGUUACAGGAUCUGAAAGCUGAAAAUCUUCAGCUGAAAGAAAUUCUGGACAAAGAUCAUCGGAGCCUUAGAGGACAUAAACAGAAUAUGGGUAUUGACAAUACUGAAGACCAUGGCAUUUCGGAUGGGAGCCAAUCAAGUGAUAAAGGAAGUGGAAUCAUAUUUGAAGACCUGAUGAUGCAUAAAGAUGGCUGGGAAACUGAGGGAAAGAGUGAAGCAGAAUUAUUCAAUUUCUGGAAAACUGCAUGCAAAGCCAGAGGGUCAACACAUUCACCGUCACAUUGUAUUAUCACAAGGAACUUGGACAUGAAUGAGGGUGUUGGCCAGAGAAGGGAAGUUGCAAUUUCACAGUCUUUAUUUAGUGCAGUAUUAUCACUUUUGGUAGGAAUCAUCAUCUGGGAAGCUGAAGAUCCUUGCAUGCCACUUGUUGUAGCUCUCUUUGCUGUUGUUGGGAUGUCAUUGAAAAGUGUGGUUCAGUUUUUCUCUACCAUAAGGAACAAACCUGCUUCUGAUGCAAUUGCUCUCUUAAGCUUCAACUGGUUCAUACUCGGCACGCUUACUUACCCAACAUUGCCAAGAGUAGCCCGUGUUUUCGCUCCAUUAACAGUAAGUUUCUUGGAGCAUGGAGGGAGCUAGGUUGAUGCCUAACCCAUUAGCUCAUUAAUCAUCAGCUUGUCUUCAGGAAGGCACCCUGUACAUUCUUGUUUUUGUCUGGCUGUAGUGAUGCUUGUUUGGCUUCUAGUAUUAUUAGGUUGAGUAAUCAUGGAUUUUUGGCCUUCUAAAUUUUGUUUCUCUUUUGAAUCUUCUAGUAUUAUGCAUCAAAUAUGGUUUGUUUUGAAUCAAAAUUUGACAAUGUCUAAGCCAUGAUAGAA